UUUACCUCUUUAAACCUGCUUUACCUCGUUUUUCCGAAGAGGGGCUGACGUAGCUGAUGAGCCCUCUGAGAUGUUGAGAGCCCGAGGGGAAGUUGCUGCAGGUGCUAUUAGCCUUCAUUGUGUGACACAGUUCUUCUCAGAGCCCUCAGUCAGCAGAGUUGAAGUAACAGAGCUCUUUUAUGCUCUUUGGAAACCCUCAUUUUCUAAAUAAGCUUUUGGAUUAUUUGGAGGUGGUAGAGUUAGAUCUGGGUUUGAAUCCUAACUCCAUCACUUUAUCUAUUUAUUCAACCAAGUAUUUCAGAGGCACCAAAUAAUGUCAUCUGAAACAUUGCCAACAUUAACUGAGACUUCUAAUGUUGAAAGAAAGCAAGGCUUAAGUGAAGAUCAAGAGGAGAGCCAGACCCCAAGAUUAGGUGAAGGAUUUGGACAAAUAUCUAAACGGCAAAUGAAGAAGCUAAUAAAACAGAAACAAUGGGAAGAACAACGAGAACUCCGCAAACAAAAGCGGAAAGAAAAACGCAAGAGAAAGAAAUUAGAGCGACAGUGCCAACUGGAAUCAAACUCAGAUGGAAAUGACAGAAAACGUAUUCGAAGACAUGUUGUUCAAAGCACACUCCGACUUAUCAUUGACUGUAGUUUUGAUGACUUAAUGAUAUUAAAGGAUAUUAAGAAACUUCAUAAGCAGAUUCAGCGAUGUUAUGCAGAAAAUCGACGAGCACUACAUCCUGUACAGUUUUAUUUGACAAGCCACGGAGGCCAGCUGAAAAAGAACAUGGAUGAAAAUGACAAAGGAUGGGUCAACUGGAAGGAUAUCUACAUUAAACCAGAGCACUAUAGUGAACUCAUAAAAAAAGAAGACUUGAUUUAUCUUACAUCAGAUUCACCAAAUAUACUGAAGGAAUUAGAUGAAUCAAAGGCCUAUGUGAUUGGAGGAUUAGUAGAUCACAAUCAUCACAAGGGACUCACAUAUAAACAAGCAUCCGAUUAUGGAAUUGAUCAUGCACAGCUCCCCCUUGGAAAUUUUGUGAAGAUGAAUAGCCGAAAAGUUUUGGCAGUUAAUCAUGUGUUUGAAAUUAUUCUGGAAUACCUGGAAACAGGAGACUGGCAAGAAGCAUUUUUUACUAUCUUACCCCAACGGAAAGGAGCUGUUCCCACAGACAAAGCCUGUGAAAGUUCUUCCCAUGACAAGAAAUCUGCCAGAGUUGAAGGUGGAUUGGACAGUGAUUCCAGUGAGGAGGAUUAUAGCAGAAAUGAACUAGAUUCACCACAUGAAGAAGAAAAGCAAGAUAAGGAAAAUAGCACUGAAUCUACAGUGAACUCUAUAACACACUAAUGUUAACUGGUUUUCUUUCAGUUUAAGGAAAAAUUAGGAAAAAGUGCUUCAUAGAGUAUUCAAAUUGGAGGAAAAUUUUACUUUUAUUUCUCUUGUGCAUUUUUAGAACAUUUUUUAGAGCUAAGUGAUAAUAAAAAGUCUCUUAAACUCUGUAAGAGAGAAAAAAUUUUUUUUGCAUAAGAUUUAAAUGUGUAUGUUUUUUAAAAAUAGUUUUUUAAGCCUUAAAUGUUUCCAGAGAAAUUUACUUUAUUAGUAUAACUUCAUUCUCUAUCAUUUACUGGAUUGUAUUAUUCAGAAUGUGCCUUCUGACCUUUGAGUUUUAUUAUUUUAUGUUUAUGUCAGUGUCUUUCUAAUCCAUUGCCUAUUUAUUUGUGGGGACAGACAUUUAUAAAUAACCUGUAAAUCUAUUAGAAUAUUGUAUAUGGGAGGUUACCCUGUAUUUGCAGCUUUUAUAUUCAAUUUAGUUAAAAGAAAUACAGUAAUUUUAGGAAGAAGUAUCAGUUUGAUAGAGUCAACAGUUCAUUUCUUUUGGAUUACAGAGCCCAUAUUUGUACCUCCUUCAUGAUGCCUUUUCAUGGGUCUGAAGUAAUCACCAAAGAGUUGAGAAUCUCUGUAAUACAUUUUCUUAAUUCCUAUAAUGAUGAUAAACUAUUUCAAUUAUAAAAUUGAAUUUUUGCAGGCUACAUUAUUUUAUAAGGCUGUUACUUUUGAAGGAUCAAUUUUGUCUUUACCUGAUUUAAAAUAAAACAGCUCUUAGCAACUA